AUCCGUCUACUGAGAUGAGAGAGCAAACUAUUUUAGAUUGGGUCUUUGUUAGCCGGUGUGUCAAAAUGUAUUUGAUUCUUAAACCGUUUAUUGUAUCACACGCUGCUGUCGUUGUUGUGUGGUUACUGUUGAGAUGGUUUUUCUCUCUUUCUAUCUUUGUUUCAUCCGUCAUUCACAUCAAAUUGUCGUCAAGUCAUUGAAUUAUAAAGUCAUCUGGAAAGUUAUUCGACAAAAGAUACUCACGAAACAUGGACUAAGCUAGUAAAGCUCAUCCAAACGGCUUCUAAUUUGCAGUAAUUUUUUUUACGUUUAUCAGUUACAUAAUCGUGCUUUAAAUCACUUUUUCUUCGGGGUGAAAAUUUACUAUUGGCCGAUCAUAGUUUUUUUUUUUGUAGAAUAUCAAAAGGUCAUUUUUUUGACUAAUUUGCAGGCAGUAUUUGCUUUGACCAUUUCAAACGGCAUUUCCUGUUGAAUCGCCUGCAAUAAUAAUUAUGAAGUUAACCGGCUGUUUUUGGUGCGUUUUUGUUAUUUGUUGCCAGCUGUCGACAAUUGUAUUGUCACAUUCGACGUUAGAAGAGGCACAACAAUUAUAUCAUAGCCCAGCGAAGAAAUAUUGGAAAAAACUACGCAAGGAAGAAGGAGCCAUUCGUCUGGUGGGGGGCACAACUGAUUAUGAAGGAAAUGUGGAAAUUCUGCAUGAUUUGAAAUGGGGAAAUAUAUGCGAUGACGAAUGGGAUCAAAACGAGGGCCAAGUUAUAUGCAGACAAUUGGGUUUUAUUGGAUUUGAGAAAAUUACUCACAGCGGAUAUUUUGGAACGGCAAGACGGAGGUUCUGGAUGGAUAAUAUUCAUUGCGAUGGCAAUGAAACUGAAAUUAAACACUGUCGCUUCAAUGGAUGGGGUAUGAAUGAUUGCGAAGCAUCCGAAGCAGCGGGCGUUGUUUGCAAAGGAUCUGAUGACGAAAACGGCAGCGGCAACGAAUCAAUGAAAACAAAAAUCCAAGCAAAAAAACCAACGAAGCAUUUGCUUAGCAAAAAGUACGACGUUGAAUUGAGGCUAACGGGCGGCCGUAAUAAAUACGAGGGCCAAGUUGAGAUCCGCUUUAAUAAAGUAAUGAAAAAAGGCCACUGGGGCGGAAUUUGUGCUGAUGGUUGGUCAUUAUUAGAAGCAAACGUUGUGUGUAAAUCCCUAAACCUCGGCUAUGCCAGCAAUGCACUGCAAACGGAUCUAUUUAGUAAUGAAACACUAUCCAAAAUACUCAUCAGUGGAACGGAGUGCUAUGGCAAUGAAACAUCGUUGCAACAUUGCAAACACCACGAACUGGGCAAUAUUGUGUGCCCGGGCGAUCAGUCAAAAGUGGCGGCCGUGAUUUGUACGGAACAAAUGGCCGAUCUUGUGUUUGAUUAUAAUGAACUAAUCCAAAGUGCACACUUGGAAGAUCGACCGUUGCUCUUGCUACAGUGUGCCAUGGAGGAAAACUGUUUGGCAUCACGAGCAUAUGAAAUUCAACGUGAUGUCAACGAUUGGCACAUGGUAACGCGUCGACUAUUAAAAUUCACUGCUCGCACACUGAAUGCGGGCACCGCUGACUUUCGAUCAAAUAUUCCAAAACAUCUAUGGGAGUGGCAUCUGUGUCAUCAACAUUAUCACAGCAUGGAAGUAUUUGCAACGUUUUAUAUUUACAAUAGCACUGGACAUCGGGUGGCAGAAGGUCACAAGGCAUCCUUCUGCUUGGAAGACAACCAGUGUUUGGAUGAUGUUCAACCGCGUUAUGCUUGCGCAGACUUUGGCGACCAAGGCAUUUCGGUGAAUUGCUCCGAUAUAUAUCGAUUCAAUAUUGAUUGCCAAUGGGUUGACAUCAGUGAAAUGGAAACCGGCACAUACACAAUCAAAAUAUCCGUGAAUCCAGAAUUUAAAAUUGGUGAAAUGUCAUACGAUAACAAUGCAGCCAGAUGUACAUUACUCUACACCGAGACCUAUGCACGUAUAUUCGAUUGCACGCACGAACGACCAUAAUGAACCGCAUAGUGCUAGACACCCUGACGCAUUAAAUUUUGUACGAGUGAAAUGUUUUGUAUAGUUUUAGUGCUUCCAAAUUUCAAUUUCUAAUAUUCUCGUUAAGGUUUAAACACAUUUUUUUUUGGUACAGAAUGUAAUAGCAUAGUAGAUGAAAUGAGAUUAAAAUUCAUAAAUGAAAAA